AUGGAUACUCAACAAGAUGGAACAACUUACAUCAAGUUACAUCCCUCUACCACCUAUGGGUGCUCGUCUAGAUAUACCUCCACUCGGGAUUCUGUCCGCCAACAAGAUACCAACAACUCCUUCUCCGUGGCAGCUUUAUACUGCAAAAAGCUGGGCUCAAAGAUUAAGGACGACAUCGACCACUAUGUCCACAUAGGUACGAAGAUGUUUGGCUCGGGAGGGUUCUCAAACGCAAUUGGCGUCUCUGAAACUGGUGUCGCCAAGUUCCCUAAAAUUGCUCCGGGCAGUGACGGAUUCGGAAAAGGACUUCUAUCGCGACCUGACCACCGAACUACGUACAUGCCCGGUCGAUCGAAGCACUCAGAGUAA